GGGCCGGAAUGGAACGUAGCUAAGAGUGUGUGUGUGUGUGUGUGUGUGUGUGUGUUUUGACUCAGGCAGCUUCAAAGACAGGCCCAGGGAGGAAGGCCCGCCUCCAGCAGCCACAAGCCGGGAAGCAACGUGGGUUGGGAGGAAAGGAAACAGCUCCAGCAUGAAAGUAGUGGCUUUAAUCAGUGGUGGGAAAGACAGCUGUUACAAUAUGAUGCAGUGUGUUGCUGCUGGGCAUCAGAUUGUUGCCUUGGCCAAUUUAAGACCUGCUGAAAAUAAAGAGAAUACGGAUGAGCUGGACAGUUAUAUGUAUCAAACUGUAGGGCACCAUGCUAUAGACAUGUAUGCUGAAGCACUGGGUUUGCCUCUUUAUCGAUACACUAUUAAGGGAACCAGUAUGGACACUGGGAGAAUAUAUACCAAGUGCGAAGGAGAUGAAGUGGAAGACCUUUAUCAGCUUCUGAAACUGGUUAAGGAUAAAGAAAACGUGGAUGCUGUUUCAGUAGGAGCCAUUCUGUCAGACUAUCAGCGAGUCCGUGUGGAAGAUGUGUGCAAGAGGCUUUCAUUGCAGCCUUUAGCUUACCUUUGGCGCCAGGAUCAAGAAACUUUGCUCAGGGAAAUGAUAUCAUCAAACAUUGAAGCUAUAAUCAUAAAAGUAGCAGCUUUUGGUUUAGAUCCAGAUAAACAUCUAGGAAAAACACUCAAUGAAAUGGAACCUUAUCUUUUGGAACUUUCGAAGAAAUAUGGUGUCCAUAUCUGUGGAGAAGGUGGAGAAUAUGAAACGUUCACAUUGGACUGCCCUCUGUUUAAGAAGAAAAUAGUUGUGGAUUUAUCAGAAGUGGUUGUGCAUUCAGCAGAUGCAUUUGCACCAGUGGCUUACCUCCGUCUAUUAAAAUUGCAUUCAGAAGAUAAGGUGCAGUUUUUUUGCAAAGUCCCUGCUGGGAGUUGUUCCUGUGAGAUAAAGCAGGUUGAAGAUAUUGCCUGGCCUUCAUUGGAUGAACAAAAUGAAAGUCUUUGCGUCAGCUGGCACUCUUCUGGGGCUCCUCCUGUGGAGAAGGCGGGUAAGACAUUUGAAUGCUCUGGGAAAUCUCUAAAAGGUUACCAGUGGAUAACAGGCAUCACUGCUCUCCUCCAGCCAUCUGAAGAAAGGAAUGUACAGGAAUCAACUAAAGUGAUUUUUUCAUCACUCCAAGAUGCUGCUCCUUCCUCUCCAGCUGGGAAAACUUUGCAAGGCAUCACCGGAGUCUUCCCAAAAGCUUCUCACAAAGGCGGGAUGGGAAGGGAAGGGUGCAAGGGGAGGAGGAAGCCAUUUGCAAGAGAGAGGCGAAGCAGCAGCAACAGCAGCCUCCACCGCUGAUGCCGUUUGCAAACUGGACUCCCUCUACUUCCUUUUUCCAGUUCCAGCGCCAUUUGAACUCCCCACCCCUUCUUGGCUAUUAUUGAAUCUUAGAGUUGGAAGAGACUCUCAAGGAAUCCAGUUUUGAAGGAUUUUAUCUCUUGUGUUUUAGCUUUGUUGCUGAUUGAGCUAAGGUUUUUGUACUUUUUAAGUUAUUGUUGAUACCAUAUUGUUUUUGUUGACUCUCUUUUCCACUUACAGAGCUAGUUUACUGUUUUUCUUUGAAAUAAAUAUUCAAAAACAUUUAACCGACUGAUGGUAUCUAUUUUUAUUUUGAAAUUUGCCAGUAGCUGCUGCAUUUCCCACCCUAGGCUUAUACCCGGGUCAAUAAGUUUUCCCAGUUUUUUGUGGUAAGCAUAGGUGCCUCGGUUUAUAUUUGGGUUGUCUUAUACUUAAGUAUAUACGGUCAUCUGGAUAAUCUGGUGUUCUAUAAAGAGGACAACCAAUUGCUUCUAAACAAAUUGUGUCCAGACAACUGGCAACUUUCCAUCAUUCCCAGCUAUUAGAAAGCAUCUUCAUUUCUCAGAGAAAGUACGCCAGGGAACAUAUGUAGCCUUUCAGAGUUUGUAAUAAAACUCCCUUUUUAUCAGGGGUUAUACUGGGAAUGUUUGGUUGGAGUUGGUAUCCAACAGCAUGUCCCCAACUCCUGUUCAAGGUAGUCUUACCACCUAACAUACCACUUUACUCCCCUUCCUGGGCAUGCCAUGUCCACUAUCCAACAACAUGUCCCCAAUUCCUGUUCAAAGUAGCCUUAACACCUAACAUACCACUUCCCUUCCUGGGCAUGCCAUGUCCACUUCCUUGUUCUCCUUAGGGUUGCUUGCAACUCCAUAAUAUUAUUCUAUUCUGGGAUGUUUCAUAUAUUUGUAUGCUGCCUUUUACUGAUUCCUCAAGAACCUGACAGAAUGGAAGGAACAUGCUAGUAUGUCCGCAGGUGAAUGUGUGACUGCCUCCCAUCCUUAUCAAUUGAAAGUGACUCUAGCUUUUAUAAAACAAAUGAUUUCAAAUUCAAAUUUGAAUCAUGGUGUUUGUGAUGAUGAUAUAUUCAUUUAUAUACUGCCUUUUCUUCAAUAUGGGAAACUGCUAUUUCCUUAGAUCAACUGACAGUCUUCGUCAGUACAAGGAAACAAGUGGAUCUUUGUCAAGCAAUCGCAGGACAGAAUCUAAUAAACCUCUGCAGUAAUAUGUGCAAAUGUUAAACAUCCACACAGGAUUAUCAAUCAAUUUGUAAAAGAUAUCAUUGUUUAUAUGGAAGUGGAUUUUAAAGCUUUUGUAAUUAGUAUAAAAUCUUUCUCCUUUCUUCACUUUGUUAUUUAUGUAAGACUGGUGCUUGUUUCUCUGCCUUUAUCUUUCUCUGUAUGCACUCCCUGUUGUGUAUGCUUUCUGUUAGCUAAACUGCCUUUAUCACCAUAAUUUUAAAUUAAGUUCUUCAAAAGCUGUUGCUGUGGUACAUUUUGGCAUCUAAGAUUAGGUCAGUGGCUCUAAAUCUCAUUUAUGUACUUAAUGCAAGGAAAGAAUUGCUGCCUUGGGAAUUGCAGUCGCUGGAUUUCUCACUAUCAAACCCUUACAAGAUAUUGACAUAUAAAACAAAAUGCUUCCAUUUUGUUCUGCAUCUUUCCUCAUUUUUACACUUUUAAAUAAAGAAAUGUUUAUGCAGGCAUCUUUUUCAUUCAUAAAAAUGGAAAUUGCUCUCUGAGGUUGCAAUGGGAAAGCUUGUAUUCUUGUUCACGAAUACUUUUGAUGUAUUGGCUCAUAAAAUUGUAACAUUUGGCUGGUGCAGCUGAGUUCAUGACUGAAUAUAGAAUGAUAAGGAAGCACAAGCAAUUUUGCAAAGCAAAAAGCGGCAUGCUUUCUAAAGGGCCCUUAAGGUAGUUCUUAACAUCCUGGAAAUCAGCAAGGAGGAUGUAAUCAGGCUUGUAGGUAAAGGCAGCAAUGUUCUGUAUAAAUCUUUUGGGGAUAAUAUGUAAAUUGAAGCAGUGGGGCUCUAUAACAUUUACUUGGUUCUUGUUAUAUUUCCGCAGACCUUGGCCAAUCCAAAUACUAUACAUCUUUGCCAUGCUUUCCAUUACAAUUAAAUGAAAAAUAGUGGUUGUUUCUUUGGCCAGAGGCUAGGAAGCCUGCUGUUUUUGGCAGAUUACUUACAUUUAAAGUAUUGUUUUCCAUUUCUGGCAAACUAGAAACACUUUGGUCCCAGGUAGUACUUGUACUUCCUAUGGAUAUUUAUUUUUGGCUUCUGAGCAGGGGGUGGGGGCCGAGACACUGAAUGAGUUAUGGUUCUGUCAUCUAAAGAAACCACCUUGAGUUUCUUUGCCAAAACAUUACUAAGACUCUUCAUGUAUGUGUUAUAACCUUUUCCUAGAAAAUCCAUACCUGCUGUCUGCUCACUCGUCCAUUCUCUUCUUUUUCCUGGUGUGACAAAGGGGGAAACAAAAGCCUCCUUGCAAGGCUAAUUGUUUUAAUGCCCUUUGAAAAAGUGUGUCCUUUGCCAAAUGGAAAUCUGCUAAUGGACUGUGAAACACACAAAGUAGUCCUAAAUCUCAGUAUUGAGCUUGUUAGCCUGCUAGUUUAGAGAAGGUUCAGAAGAGAAGGUUCAAUGCUUGUUUGCUUUUUAAUUUUUUUAUCUCCUUCAUUCAUAUAUGUAUUCUGUAAUUCAAAUACUAAAUAUGUCUGUUAGACAAAAGCAAGAAGCUUACAGCAAAGGUUGUUAAAAUUGUUUCAAGUGCCAUAAUUAUAUUGUAUAUUUUAUUUCCACGAUGGACAUUAUAUUUGUUAAUGGUUGGUAGAACCAGAUCUUCAGUUUAGUCAUAUUGGAGUUAAUGCAAAAGCUCCAAUUCGUGAUUUAGGGUCCUUCCACACUGCCCCUAUAUCUCAGGAUCUGAUCCCAGAUUUAAACUGGAUUAUAUGAGUAUCCACUGCCAGAAAACCUGGGAUAAGCAGAUAAUCUGGGAUCAGAUCCUGGAAAAUAGGGGCAGUGUGUAAGGGGCCUCACAACAACAAAAUCCAUUUUUGCUGAUUUCCCCUUAACUGAAGCCUUCAGUAUACCUCUUCUCCUGCCUGCUAGGUUAAACAAAUCUUACAGGGUUUAUCAAAAGGAGAUUAUGAAAAGGAAUCUUGUAGUACCUUUCAAACUGGGAGAAAGAGGUUGCUAGCAUAAACUUUCAUAGAUUUACUCUAUAUACUCAUGUAUGAGUCUAGAAAUUUUAGUCAAAAACCAACAUCAAAACCCUCAGUUGACUUAUCCAUGGGUCAAUGUAAAUACUGCACCUUAAUUCUUAUAUAAAAAGGAACCAUCUGUUUCUCUGGGAAGUAUGGCAAAAGGAAAGAACUUAGUCCAUCCCCAGAGAACUUAAAAGAAACACUGAAAUACUAUCUCCACCAUGAUGUCGCUACUAGCCUUUUUGAACACUGGAAUGAGAAAAUGUUGGUAGCCAGGGUGGCUUCCCUCCUGAGGCAAUGCUGGUACUUUCCUUCCUCCACUGAAUGACCUUGGAAUUAUCCAUGGGUCAUAUCAAAAUCCAUAAUUUUAAUCCCAAUCUGCCCUCAAUUUAUACAUGAGGUUGACCUAUACAGAUGUAUAUACCGUAAGUAUACUUCAUAAGAUGCAUUAAUUCAUGUGUCGAGUAAGAGAUCUUGAUAGUACCAGUAAGCAGGGAUGUAUUACAAUUCAACUUAACACAUGAGAGAUAUUAUUUUCAACAUGUCUUUGAAUAAAUGUGAUUAAGAUUCUGGAAAUAUGUGUAUUCUCCUCUCCUUGAAAUACUGUAGCUUUUCAAUGGAUAAUAUGUAAUACAUUGUUCCAGAUACUCCUUUGAAGAAAGUGCUUUAGUUGCCUUUGAAACAGAACCUCUUGGCAUGAAAACUCUUUCAUAUUGGGCCCUGACAAAUGGAAUGAUUCGUAUGUGUCUGAGAAUAGAGUGUUAACCAUGGUUUCUAGCUAAAGCAGUAUUUUUAACUCAAAUCUGAAAUAAUUUGAAACUAUUUGUUAAGCAGUUGGUCUGGAUAUUGCUCUAUAUAAUAAUAUUUGUUGUGGACAAGGACAGUUCACAUGGGAGAACGCUGGCCUAUGCCCUUCUCCCAGUUGGUUAACUUGGUGACCCAGUCUCUUUUAAUCUUCGUGAAAUCACACCGACAUUGUCUUACCAUGUUGGAGCUUGGAAUGAAUGUUACCAUCAUGGGUGUUCAUGGCAUACAUUAUAUGUCCAAAAUUAUUGAUCUCAAAGGCAAGCCUAUUAAAACACUUGGCCCCAGAGCACCCUUUAUUUUGAUUCCUACCCUCCUUACAUCUUUAUGUGAGGGUGUGUAUAUCGCUUGUUGAAUUGCUGGUGAAUUUAGAAAUGCUGAUUAAAGUGUGACUAGAUUUAAAAGUAUUGUUCCACAAUCUGUAAAACAAGUGGCGCUAACCCAAAGAGAUUAUACUGCCUAUGUAACCUUUUGCCCCAAGCAAAAAUAAGUGAAUUUCUAUAGAACUAUAUGAAUUUCUAAGCAUUGUACACUGGUUUUUGCAAUUUUCCUUCCAUUGAAAGACCUUCUAAUUUCAACCCUCG